CUCCGGCCUAACAGAAUCGCUUCCUCUUGCUCUCUCCUCGGUAAAAUUCGUACCGCUUCCCGGCGAGUACUCCGGCAAGGCGCCGGGCUUUGUUUAUGGCUACCGGCGAGGGCGAGGGCGAUGGAGUAGAAGGGUGGGAGGCGGUGGUGCGAGCGGAGGUGGGCGCCGGUUGGUGGGACGACCCCGACGGCGCCGACUUUCGCGCCAGGUUCAAGGCCUUCACGGGGCAGCGCCGCGACUGGCCCGAGCCCAAGCUCCUCUUCUGGAAGGACCUCCUCCUCCGCGUGGCCCGCCGCCUCCGCCUCUGCUCAGCUCCAGCCCACCUCGUGAUGAGCAUUUGGUUCGCCCGCCCCGGAGGCAUCACGCCGCUGUGCUUGCCGCAAGUUCUGGAAGAGAUGCGUGCCGAUGGGGAGAUACUGCUGAAAUACGAGCUAAUUGAUCCGACCAAGGGGGGGCUGCAUCAGUUGAUCAGGAGGGUGAGCCAGAUGGCUGUCAUCUCAAGGCGAGCUGUUGUGCAGGAGGACAUCCUCGUGUUUAAAUCUUUGGUCGAGGAAAGGGCUGCAGAGAUUGUUAGGCAGCUGAAUAGCUCCCACUGGACGUCAACGUGUGUUGCUACCAUUACCAAAUUCAAUAGCUUCUUUCACAUACGGGAAGAUGCUCAUGCCGCGUUGUGUUACUUGACGCAAUGUGGUAAAGCACAAUAUCUUGUGGUCAGAAAGGAAGAGCCUGUUGAGGGUGUGAAGUUUUCACUUGUGGCCACACAAGUUCCUGCAGCCUCGAAGCUUGACUGUGACACCUUGCACUUAAUUUGGGCAGAAGAGAAAUUGCAGCAGCAGCUUGAUGUGCUUGAUCGCCGAUGGGAAAUUUCAAGGAGAAGAGCAUUGAUAUCCUUCAAGGCUGGGGACAAACAGGCGGCUUAUCGAUACGUGAGGCAGUCUAAAUUGUUCUCUGAAAGCAGGAACAGAUGCAUACCACUAUUAGAAAGGGUCGAAGAAGUUAUAAGCCUAAUUGCCAGUGCUGAAUCAACCAAACAGGUUUAUGAGGCUAUCCAAGUUGGCAUUAAGGCAAUGAAUGAUCAUAGUGUCAGCAUAGAGGAUGUUAAUAUCCACCUAAAGGAGGUCGAUGACCUCGUUGCCGCACAAAGAGAAAUUGACGCUGCCUUAGAAUCAGUACCUACACAUUCAUUGGAUGGCGAAGAAGAUAUAGAAGAAGAAUUCAGAAACCUUGAAGCAGAGUUGCAGGAUAAGAUCCCUCAUGUGCAUGUUGAGGAACCAGAACCAAUUUCACAUGCCAAUGCCGAUUCACCUGAUAAAGCUAUUGAAUCAUUGAGCAAUUGCCUAUCAAAUAUUAAACUUGGGGCCAUCUAGAUGCUACUUUUUUCAUUUGCUGAAUGUGAUACGCACAUAGUGUGAUUUAGUCAAAUCUGUCACCCCCAUCAGUGUGUAUUGUAUGCCUUCUGAUGACCGCAUAAAGCGGUAGUUCCAAGCAGAAAUAUUCCUGAUAACUGAUAAGAAUGGCAUAAUUCAUGAUGUUUUAUCGUUCUACCUAGCUGAUAGGAGUGCCAUGAUUCAUGAUGUUCUAUUAUUGUUCCAUCUUCUAUGAACCUCAA